AUGGCGCAUUCGAGUGAGACAAGUCAAGUUGUAAGCGGAGGACAUGUCCAUGACAGUACUCCAGGUGUCAGUGCCGAUCUCUUGUUAAGCAAAAGGAUGGAAAUUCCGUGCUCUAGUAUGCUGGUUGCGGAAGACUCCGAAGGGCAGCUUUUCAUGAUUAUUGGCAGGCACAACGGCGAACUACUUUUUUUUAAUACCAACGGACGAUUUAUGGAGCUUAAAUAUGAAUUUAACGGCGAGGUGACGGCGAUCUGCACUGGGAGGCUGCGACAAGACGAUAUCGAAAUAGUGGCUACAUCAAUUAAGGGGCCGAUGCGUUUGUAUGGGUUCCCAGUGCCAACAGUUGAUGUUGAACCGUUUCGGUACUUCUACCAGAACCUUGGAACAAGCAUUAAUGGUGCACACAUUGCUGAUAUCAAUGGUGAUGGUGUAGAUGAGCUGGGGCCGAUGCGUUUGUAUGGGUUCCCAGUACCAACAGUUGAUGUUGAACCGUCUCGGUACUUCUAUCAGAACCUUGGAACAAGCAUUAAUGGUGCACACGUUGCUGAUAUCAAUGGUGAUGGUGUGGAUGAGCUGGUCGUUUUCAUGAAAAUUUACCAAUACGCCAACGUUAGCAUGGUACUUCUAAAAACAUAUUCUACACCAGACUACAUUGCUGGCAUCUCACUGGGUCUAACAAGUUCUGAUCAACGUUAUGCGCUUCUCAGACAGCUGCCACCGCACGAGCGUGACGUGUUGCGACUUUGUUUUGCGUCACAACUAUCCCACACUCUACCGGAAGCAUUUCCUGAAGGGCAACAGCAAUUUCUGGUGGUUUGUAUCCUUUCGCAUAUUUUGCUUCGGUCAGAUGCUGCUGCGAAAGAUUUCCGUUUUAUUUCACGAUCUCUUGGGGGUCUCCCGGCAAUCUGA